UGCCUGCUGAGGCAGAACAGUCUUCCAUUCAUGGCGAGUCAAAGCUGUGUGAGCUUUUGGGAGUAGCAUUUACUGCAAAGCCAAUACACAUCUCUUCUCCAACUGAAAGCAGUCUGAAACAGAAAUGGCAGCGGCUGUACUGUCAAAGCUUCUUGCUGAGCAGCAAAUGUUUACUUUAGAGAAGGAAAACCAGCAGACACUUAAAAAAACAAAAAAUGACAUACGAACAGUAGAAAAAUAUAUGCAUAAGAAGAAAGAGCAACGUGCACUAGAAGAAAUUCCACCUUCAGAACUUGAUUUGCUACUUGCGGACUUCAUACAUGUGUUAAAAAGACAAGAUGGUACAGAAUAUGAGCCCAGCACAUUAAGAGGGAUUCUAGGGAGCGUGGACAGACAUUUAAUGAAGCAGAGCUACGGCCAUUACAUUUUUCAUGGAAAUAAAACCUAUUUUCAGGAAACACUUAAAGCGUUAAAAACAAAACAAAAAGCCUUAAGACGUCAAGGUAAAGGAAGAAAGCCUAACAAAGCAGAGCUCCUAACUGAAGCAGACAUUGUAAAACUGUAUUCAAGUGGUGCAUUAGGAAUGAACAACCCUGCAUCACUAUUACAUAUGAUGUACUUUAACAUUGGUAUGCAUUUUGGCUUGAGAACAAGUGAACAUUACACUCUGCAAUGGGGAGACUUGCAGUUACGUGUGGAUUCUUCUGGUCAGCGUUAUUUAGAAUACGAGAGGCAGACAGAAAGCAGAAACAAAAAUGUGUCAAAGGAUGUCCGUUUAUUAAAUAACGGAAUGUAUGAAAAUAAAGUUAACCCCGAAAGAGACCCAAUACGUGCUUACUUGCAAUAUGCUUCCCAAAGACCUAAAAAAAUGAUUUCCCCAAAUGCACCAUUUUACUUGGCACCAAACACUAAUUAUCUUCCUGAGAGACCAUACUCUCUCUGGUAUCGAAGUAUGGUUGUUGGGAAAAAUAAACUUAGGUCUCUAAUGAGAGACAUCAAAGUUGCUGCUGGACUGCCAGAGCAUAAAAAAAUAACAAACCACUCAACAAGGAAAAUGUGUAUUCAAAGAUUAAUUGAAAGGAACGUGAUACCAACAGAAACAAUCCAUGCAACAGUGGAGGACAACCCUGCAUUCACAAAUAGUGACUAUGAAUCAAAACCACUCCAGAACAAUGACAUUUUAGUUUUAGAAGUAUCUGAGGAAAACUAUCCAUCCACUUCUAAGUUAGAAAGGGAUCCUCUUACACAAACUGCAAAAAACUCCUCAUUCAUAUCCGAAAGCCACAGCAUUUCUCGGCAAACUAUCAAUACUCCUGUUCUGAAUACACCACCCCCACAACAGAAGGAGAUGUAAAGAAAAUUAGAAGCAAAAAAAAAAAAGUACACUGCUCUUUGUCUUCACAUAUAACUAAAGCUGCUAAACUGAGCUGCUGUUUACAUUCAGUUCCAUCAAGUGACUGUACUGAUGAGCUUUCAGCACAGAUAUUUUUAUUUUGUUAGAUGUCCCAGCAUUCUAUUCUCUUCUUGACUGCAUACUUAUGUUAACAUUGUCAUGUGAAUACAAAAUGGUUAAGUGUGAAAAAUCACCUUGGUUCUGUGUACAACUCUGUUCAGAAUGGUUUGCGAUACUCAAGAGAACACAGAGUAAUUUGUCUUCUCUGAGGGAAUUUGCUGAUUCCUCACCUUAUCAGACAGCAUUUCUGCAAAAUAAGUGGCCUGCAUAUUUUCAUUAAGGAAUCCUGGUGCAUAGAUUUAAUAUGAACAUUUUGUACAGGGUUUCACCAACUCACCACAGACCUUACAAGUUCUUUCUGUUGUGCUGAACAUCAAAACUGGUUGCUUAACAUGUAUUAAUUUAGAUCAGUGGGGCAAAAAGCAGUAAUUACAGAGUACAAAUGUGUACAAAACUGACUUUAUCCCUUAAUGUUGAGCUAUUUUUUUUAAGCAUUCAUGUAAUUGCACUGCAUUUCACAGGGUGCACAAAGUCUAAGCCCAUACUCCCCCAAACAAAUUCAUCCUCUGUUUAAUAUGCACUCUAGUAACAUACCGACGUGUAAUGCUGAAGGACAGUUAUCACGUUUUGUUACAUCCCUAAAAACUGCAACAGAAUGUUUAAUGCACUGCUUAAAAAGGCAUUCACCCUUCCUAUUACCAGUCAUUUCCUCAAGUGAAUAAUCCGGUGACAAACUAAAGUAAUGGCUUUAAGGACUUCUGAACAAAUGUUAGCUUUGUUCCAGCAGUACAUGCUAUAUUGCUUGUUAAUGUUUGUAACCCUAAAGCCACUGCUUUAUUUUUCUGUUUCUGUUGUGUACUGCCUGUUUAAUCAGUGCUGAUUAACUUCAGUAGAUGUUUAAAACUGGCACAAUGAACUUCUGGGAUGAUAUAAAUGGAAUAACUACUCCACUAACUCUUUCUCAUACUACUGUAGUGCUCAAGUACUAUUUUCCCACUGUUGUAAAUGAGCA